AUGGAUUUCCAAAAUCGUGCCGGCUCGAAAUUCGGCGGCGGCGGUGUCGCCUCUCAAUCCGCCACAAACGCCGACCGUCGCGAACGUCUUCGCAAGCUCGCUCUCGAGACCAUCGACCUCGACAAGGACCCUUACUUCUUCAAGAACCACGUCGGAUCAUUCGAGUGCCGUCUUUGUCUUACUGUCCACCAAAACGACGGCUCUUAUCUCGCCCAUACACAAGGAAAGAAGCAUCAAACCAACCUCGCCCGUCGCGCUGCCCGCGAGCAGAAGGAGGGUCGCCAAGGUGCUAUUGACCCAGCUACUGGCCUGCCCAUCGGUGUCACAGGCGCAGGCUUUGCACAACGUCGUAACAUCGUCAAGAUCGGUCGUCCCGGAUACAAGAUCACAAAGAUUCGCGACCCAGUUUCUCGACAGCAGGGCUUGCUCUUCCAGCUCCAGUACCCCGACGCAACACCCGAAACAUCGCCCAAGUGGCAAGUCAUGAACGCCUUCACCCAGCACAUCGAGGAGCCCGACAAGAACUUCCAGUACCUACUCGUCGCCGCCGAGCCCUACGAGACAGUGGGUUUCAAAAUCCCUGCGCGUGAGCUCGAUAAGCGCGAGGACAAACAGUUUGCCUUUUGGGACCCGGAUGCCAAGGAGUAUUGGAUCCAGGUCAUGUUUAUGACAGAGCGUGAGGAGCGUUUCAAUGCCGCUCCUGGACAGGCGAUGCGGAGGUAA